UUUGGUUUAUUUUAAAUCGAGCUGCGAAAUUAUAUGGCCGAAUUCCAAAUCAAAAUAGUGGUUUUGCGUCUGAAAUUUGAACAAUGGAGGUGAAUAGGCUUUUGUGGGGUACUUCCCAGACUGAGAAGCUUCAGCUUUCUCUUUCUGCAACUUUAAUGGCGACCGGAGACGUUAAUAAACCUCCAUCACUCCCUCCUUAUCCCGAGAUCAUUUUAAGGGCCAUUGAGGCAUUGAACGACCAGAAUGGCUCAAACAAAUCCUCAAUUUCCAAAUACAUUGAAUCAACUUAUGGUGACUUACCUGCGGGUCACUCAGCGCUUCUCUCUCACCACCUCAACAGAAUGAAAGAGACGGGCGAGCUCGUUUUCUGGAAAAACAACUACUUGAAGCCCGACCCCAAUGCGCCGCCUAGGCGCGGCCGUGGCAGGCCCCCGAAGGACCCCAAUGCGCAACCAAAGUCUCCAAGCAGCUACUCGGGACCGGCCCGUCCAAGGGGCCGGCCCCCCAAGGACCCCAAUGCUCCACCUAAGCCCCCGAAAAUGAAGUUGGCAUCGGAUAGCGGCAAGCCCAGAGGCCGGCCAAGAAAAAUGGCAAAGCCUACGGGAGGGUUUGGUGGGUCAGGUGCAGCGGCAGCGGCAGCGGUGUCGUCCGGGAAGCCUAGGGGGAGGGGAAGGCCUCCUAAGGUGAAGACUCAAUUGACUGAAGUCAGUGUUGAGCAAUAGAGUUACUUCUCUCUUAGGCGUUUUACUGUUGUCAGUACUUGUGAAUCUCUCUGUGACUUUGUUUGUAGAAUUUAGUGGUGUAGCUCAACUUGUGUUUAUGUUGUUGACUCUUGAUUUGUGUAACUGUUUGAGGGCUGUUUUUUCGUUUGCUGGGGAUUUUUUUUUUUUUUUCUUGUUAUCAUUAUUGUUAGUUCUGAUGAUUAGAGGAUGUGACUGCUGAUAUUUUUUUUCUUAGUUCAGGACUCCUAUGAUGUUUGUGUUUCUUUCACGUAAAUUUGUUGCACAUU